AGUCGCCUCUAUCUUCGAGGAUCUACUAUUUUCGGCUUGGAGUCUCUCCUUCUCAGCAGAUCAGGCAGGAAGAUAUCAUCAUCUGAUCUCGUCCCGUCCGUUUUCACCACCACCAGAAUCGCCCUAUUCAGCCAUCGUUCUCGCCUCUGAUCUAUCAAUUCUCGUCUUUACUCUUUAUCCGUGAUAAGCUCAGAAGCCCCAACUUGACGGAUCAUCACAACGUUUUUCUUAAACGAGCUGGAUGGAACAAGGCGAUGGAGAAGGUGGGAGGAAAACCCCAAUAUUUAGAGAUGUGAGAAGAUACUACUGCGAGUUUUGUGGCAUAUGUCGUUCCAAGAAGUCUCUAAUUGCUUCCCAUGUUCUCUCUAAUCAUAAGGAUCAAAUUCAAGAAAAGAGCAAUGAAGGGAAUGCAAAUGAGAAAAUGGGAAAGUCGAAUACUUGUGAAGAGUGUGGAGCAUGUUUUCAGAAACCUGCUCAUUUAAAGCAGCACAUGCUAAGCCAUUCGCUUGAGAGGCCUUUUAGCUGUCCAAUAGAUGACUGUCAUUCUAGCUAUAGGAGGAAAGACCACUUGAAUCGCCACAUUCUUCAACACGAGGGAAAGAUUUUUCACUGCCCUAUUGAGGGCUGCAAAAUCCAAUUUGCAUUUCAAGGCAAUGUGACAAGGCAUUUGAAUGAAUUCCACUCUGAGGAAUCUUCCUCUAGCAACAUUGAUGGUGCUAAAGAGCAUGUUUGCCCAGAACAUGGGUGUGGGAAGGUUUUUAAGUAUGCUUCAAAGCUCAAGAAACAUGAAGCUUCUCAUGUUAAGUUAGACUCGGUGGAGGCAUUCUGUACGGAACCUGGUUGUUUGAAGCAUUUUACGAAUGAGCAUUACCUGAAGGUCCAUUUGAAUGAAUGCCAUUCUCAUAUCAUUUGCGAUGUUUGUGGAACUAAACAACUUAGGAAGAAUAUAAAGAGGCAUAUGCUCACACAUGAUGCUGAAAAUUCAUCAGAGAGGAUUGCGUGCACUUUUGAUGACUGCUCUCACACAUUUUCAACUAGAUCAAAUCUUCAACAGCAUGUGAAAGCUGUACAUCUUGCUGUAAGGCCAUUUGCUUGUAGCAUGCCUGGGUGUAGUAUGCGAUUUCCUUUCAAGCAUGUUAGGGACAAGCAUGAGAAAUCUGGACAGCAUUUACAUACCAAUGGUGACUUUGAAGAGAGUGAUGAAAUAUUCCGGUCUAGGCCAAGGGGAGGACGGAAAAGGGCAUGUCCACCUAUAGAAGCUCUAUUUCGGAAGAGGGUCUGUCCAUUGAACCAUUCAGAUUCAGUUUUUGGACAGGGAUCUUCUGAGUACCUUGCCUGGUUGCUGUCUUCUGAAGCUGAUGAUUGAUUAGUGCUGCAAUAACCAAAUUAUCAUGUCUAUAGUAAUUAUGGAUUAUCCUAUGUUCAUCGUUACCUCGGUUGAUAAUAUAAUCGCAUGUCUAUAGUAACUAUGGAUUUCCCUAUGUUCCUUGUUCAUUUGUGUUUUGCUUACAUAGAUAAUAGAAUGUUACAGUGUAUAAGUAAAUUUCUGUGAACAAGUUUGAAACUAUUUACUUUUUGUAAUUAUUGUUCUUUCCAUUGCCUUUAAUUCCUAGAUUAUGUUUUAAAAAAGAUAUUAAUU